AGGAAUGAGUGAGGAUAAAGUGGUUGGUUUACUUGGGGGCUAGUACAACUCUAGCGUUCUUCUACAGUAAUUCCACUUCACGACGACGACUACGUUGCACUCGUCGCAAUAUCGCUGUUAUCUGCUGCUCGACUACUCCUACUUGCUGCAUAUACGGGGAGGCAGGCAGAGAGGUUUAUAAUGAAAUAAGGCAAUUUGAUUGAAGAUCGCAUUGUCUCCUUUGGUUGGGGGUUGGCUGGAGAAAUCACACACACAUUAUCAUAUCACACUUAAGAGAAUCAAACACCUACAUAUCGCCACUCAAAUCGCAACUUUUCCCAGCAACUCGUCUAAAUAAAUAAGUGCAGAGUUAGUGGUGGCACAUUAUCUUACGACCCUGCCAAGGCUCGCCAGUAGAUAUCAACACCCAGUCAGUCUUAUCAGAAGACUAUUUACUUACUUGCCCAUCAUCAACCAAGCUAAUUUAAUAAGUCUACUAUUCCCGUGCUGCUACCGGUGCAUGGUUCCCGUAAAAAUUAUUGCACAGAUUUGAGAAGAAACCUGCAAAAAAGUUGUUCAACUAAGCUAAACAUUGUCUCGAAACAUUGUGUGUUACGGAUAGAAAGAAGAAGCAGCAGCAGCCUGGUUUUAGCAGCAGUGUAGUGAACUGUGCGUGUGCUGUGAACCUUGCAAAACCAUAUUAUUCACGCUCCCGUGUGCAAUACAUUCAAGUAAAAAGUGAAGCAGGAGUUAAAAAUUUGCUCCGAUUCUUGCAGGAUUACAGAACUUGAAGUAGGAGAGACGCUGGCUCAAGUUUAACCAAAGGCAAAAACUUUUACUCGGGAAAAUUGGCGAAUUUUCCUUGCUGUGUGUGUGGCGUAAUCGUAUACAGAGUACAAUACGUUUCCGACGUUAGUUGUGUGUUUGUUGGACCACUCGUCGGCUCUGCGUCGUCUUUUUCUUCUACUUCUUCUUCCCACUGGAGAGGAUUACAUGUAUAAUUCUCCUUGGGGAGCACAAAGAGGCAGGCAACUUUCACCACCGAUCGCAAUCUGCACUUACCCACCUACCAGACCAGUGAAUUUCUCUGCUCGUCGAGGCGACCUUUUGGAGGGCAACGUCGUCGAUCCCGAUAACUCAAGAAGACAAGUAAAAAAAAGAACGAGACCAACUUGUAACCUUCAUCAUCACUGCAACUACUUUGUCCUCGCGUAAUCAUGAGCGAAACUGAUGUCACCAAUACUGAAGCGAGGUGGAGGAACUACCAGAAGCUUAUCUGGACACAGCAACAGAUUCAGCUGCAAAUCCACAAGCAACAGCAGCAACAGCAGUCGGUCCAACAGUAUCAAAGUCAGAAAAUGAACGGACUUGAUAAUGGCCACCAGCAGCAGCAGGAUCCGACCGUUCCUCAGCAGCAACAACAGCAACAAGGCCAUCAUCCCUCAACGCAAGGAAUUCAAGGCGAAAUGCCAGAGGCUCCCAUGGAGGAGCCUCCAGCAAAGGAUACGAUCGAUCCAUGGGAAAAUUUUGACGCUCAGACAGCGUUCUUAGGUCCAACUCUUUGGGACAAACGUGUGCCGUAUGAUGGCCAAGAUUUUAAGGAGUACGUUGACUUGGAGGAGUUUCUCACGGAAAAUGGUAUUCCGAUGGACCCCAACGGAGCGAAUGCUGGCCACAACCUGACCGUUCGAAAUCUCCACCGUGACAUCAACACUGGAGCACCUCACCACAACAUUGGAGGAGGAAUACCUCCUCAGAUGAUAAAUUCUACAGUCUGCAUGCCACCAAUUCCUCCGGUGUCGGCAGAGACUCAGCAAAUGAUGGCAGGACCAUCUCGAAUUAAUCAUCACGGUGGUCAGAAUCCAAUGCGACCUUCGAUGGGUCGUCGCUCCCGAUCUCCAUCCCCCUCUGGAAGUGCGUCUUCCGGAAUUAGUCAUGACAUGAGCUCUGACACUUCCCCAGAUUCAUCGCAAACUGGAGAAAUGGGACUUGGAUCUAUUCCUGGACAUGACUUUGACCCGAGAACAAGAUCUUUUACUGAAGACGAGCUGAAACCUCAGCCCAUGAUUAAGAAGUCGAGAAAACAGGUAAAUACGUUUGUCCCGAACGAAGCCAAGGACUCCAAGUACUGGGCUCGUCGAAGGAAGAACAACAUGGCUGCCAAGAGGUCCCGAGAUGCGCGUCGCGUCAAGGAAAAUCAAAUCGCGAUGCGAGCUUGUUAUCUCGAAAAGGAAAAUCAAGCUCUGAAACUCGAAAUGGAUCGGGUUGCGAAAGAGAAUCAAGCAUUGAAGUUGGAAAUGGAUCGGCUUCGGAAAGUUCUGGGUUGAAUGAACAAUUUCAUGACGAGAUCGUUGAAAAACCACACCAAAGAGAAAAUUGCUUUAUAUGGUCAAAAACAUUUUGAACUCCGUUAAUUAUCAUCCUGUAUAGAUAUAUACGUACAUAGAAAGAUAGAAAUACCCAUUUAGACCCCGGUUCGUUAAUGUCCAACCCUACUUGUUGUUGUUGAAGCUGUUGUUGUGUUACUGAGUGAGAUACAUUUUUGUUUGCGAGGAGGAAAGCCAAUCUAUAUUUCACGUACUUCUGACCGUUUUUUUCUAAUUAUACGUAAAAAUCACAGAGUAUAAUAGUACGUAGUAAAUGAAUGUAGACUCAUUCAAAAUAUUUGUAAAUUUUAGCGUCAACCUCUCUCUCUCUCUCUUUCUCUCUUUCAUAAUAAUGACCUAAAAACUAAACCCACCAACAAAACUACAACAACAAUCUGAACUUAACUCUUUGAAAAACUUUUGAAUGUUAUAUAACAAUUAUUACGUAAAGCCAGCCACCCUGUGUAAAAUGCAGGAAAUAUAUUAACCAGCAACUGCAGUAUACCUCAGUACACAAAAUAUAGGAGAAAGAUGACUUAUAAAUCUAAACAAGUUCUGAAAACAUGUAUGACGAGUGUGAUUUACCGGGUGAUUUGUGUUACUAAAGCUAAAUAUGUUAUCAACUAUAUAUAUAUAAUGUUAAUUAUCGUAGUAAUUAUUUCAUAGUUUACAUAGUUUCAUAUAUAUUUAACUGUCAAUCAUCAUCAGGAGUCGUACAGUGUUGUGGAACAUAUUUAUUAUUGUCUCCAUUCAAACAUUUGCAACCCCACGGCUACAAUUCCCUUAAGCAGGAAUACAUUUAGCAUAUAAUAUUCGUAGGGACGUUAUAUUGUCCAGAAAUUUAACAUAUUACUCUUGUUCCUCCAUAAAUAAUGGACGCACUACUUAACUGCAGUGGUAGUACGUAUACUUAUUUACAUAGUGUACAUAAGUCAUUAUUGCUUUAAGAGAUAGAUUACUGAUGUUUUAAAUCUGGAAAGCCAUGACGAUGUGAGGCGUGGGAGAAGUGGGUGUGCUGGGUGAGGCACGUGGUGGGAACUAUUUAUGUACACAGAGGAGUGCAUACAUACAUAGUUCAGUUUGUUAGCACGCGUUGUUUAGGUAGCUGUUAUGUGAUAUCUAUUUUCCAAGGAACGGAUGGUGUCUGUGUACAACAAAAUUAGAAUACGAAAAUAUAAAAAUAAGCAUGGUGUAUUAUCGCUCCUAUUUAAGAAGAAUGUUAUAUGAAUGUGGAUAUAAGUGUGAUUUGGUGGUUAACUUAAUUCUCUUCUCGAGUCAAUGUGAUUGUGCGUGUCCUUGUCAAUUUGUAUAGACUUAGACAAUCAGAGGUACUCUAUAUAUUGAAUUAUUGAAUUGAACACAAUUGCAUGUGCUUCUCGAAUGGCCAAUUAAACAGGUUGGGUUCUUGUGCUAUGGUCCACCAGACUAAAGAAGAAAAAUGUGGGACCUGUUAGGACCAUUUAUUUGUAACUCAAGUCUCUAAAUGUAUUGUAUUUGUAUAGUAUGUUAGUGUUUGAAUAUGUUAGUGUUCACAUAUUAUACACACACACAUACGUUAUUUACUACAUACAUCUCUAGUUUCCAACAAGUUAGCGGAUGACCCUUUAGUAUUGGUCGAUAUGAAGAAUAUCGUAUUUUACUGUGUGCUCUCACAAUUGAAUUAAUUACAAAAGUGAUGGUGCUGUAUAAUUGUGAUAGGAUACGAAAAAAAUAUGAAUUAAUCCGUAACACGUCCACUACUAAUUACUUAGGUAUGUUAUACAUAUUAUUGUUGUUAGUCUACACUUGUUUCAUAUCAAGAAAGAUAUACAAGAGGCAAAAAGAGAGAGAGAAAUGGCAACUAAAAACUUAGAAGACUAGUACUCGUUGGACUUGAGAUGACUUGUUGUUAAAAAGCAGGGCCACCAGUUGCAACCGGCUAGAAAAAUAUGUAACGAUUGGUGAAAAUAGAGAAAGUUAUUUUACUCUUGUAAUCAAAAAUGUAAUUUUCAACCUCACUUUCAUAUUAAUGCUUGUUUUCCAUGAAUUAUGGAAAUCUCAGAGUAUAUCUUAAAAACAGAGUGAAUACUGUGAAAUGCUGUUAUUGUUGUGGGCUCAAGUGUAUGUAAUUUACGGAAUGUCCCCAUACCAAAAGCACAAAAGUAACUAAUUUAGAAUUAGAAUUUAAAAUUGACUCAAACUCAUGAGCUUUGGAACUAAACCUGAAAAAAAACUUGUGUUUUCAUCACACAAAAUCCAGCAGCAGAACAAAUUGUCAAGAAAACCCCCUCAUUUUCACAGUCACGCAUGGCACUCAUCUUCUUGACGCAAAAAUCUUAACCUUUCCUUAAAAUGGUGCGAUUUUAUGACCAAAAGACUAAUAUACGUACGAAGAAAGAACGAAUGUACCUAAACCUCAAAAACUAGCCAUACCUUCCUUUUCAAGUUGAAAUAUUUACAUUCUUAAUAGAUUGUAAUGAUACUUAGAUUAUCAUAAUCGGGUGAAUUCAAUCCUGUUCUAAAUAGUUCCUCGUGUGGAGAAUAGUUGUUUAUAUCCUCUCAUCCUCCUCCACUAACUAACCAACCAACCAACUAACUGCUCAACAGUCUUAUUGGCUUUGGCAUAGCAUAUUUGCUACAAAUUUCGGCUGCUUGCUACUACGAUGAGAUGGUGGAACUAGUUGGCGAGAUAAGUACAUAGGUUGCAAUAUCUUGGACUGAGGAAUGAAAAUGUUCCGCUUAUUUACAGGCAUACAAAAUCUACUAAAAAUUACACAAUUGAUGGUUCAGCAGGGUCAAAUUAAAAUACAACUUUUGUGCCACUACUAAUCAAUUCGGCUGCACAUGCACUCACUUUUAAAUCAUUACUAAAAAAAUACACACUCAUAUACAAAAGGGUCAGUAGUACAGCAAAAAAAAAUAGCUCAGACACACAUACGUAUAAAUAAAAAAUGCAUAUUUAUUUCUGCGAGCGACAGUCAGGUGAAUUUAAUUAAUAUGGCCAGUCAUCACUUUAAACAACACUCUUGCUUAUAACCAACUGUCAAUCAAUCAAAUACAAAUACGAUUAUAUAUGAGUCCGUACUCCAACAAAGAGUAAUUACAAAAACAGCUAUCUAAACUAACUAACUGAUACUGCUAACUACUAUAUAAACUUAAAAAAAAUGUCAUCAUAAUCAGGGCAGUCAUGGUGCUUAAAAGGAAUUCCAAUUUAGCUUAUACUUGAUGCAAGCAUGUACACACACUUACUUGCUUUAAGGAUUGACAAAAUUGUUGAGGGUAAAAAUUUUUCUUAAAAUUGAUAAUUACUUGUUAACUGGUGGAUUGGAAAUAUACAAAGUAACUGCAUGCUCAUAAAUUUCCUGUUCCCGAAAUAUUUGUGUAAUACAUAUUUUGCUCGUCAUCAUAACUUUACUGAUAAUAUUAAAUAUUAAUAAUAAAAAUAAACUGUACACUAGAAUAAUAAACACAGAACGUAUACCGGAAAAAUUGUGGAGUUCUUCUGGUGCUUCAUGUACGUAGUUGUUAUAAAAGUAAAUAUAGUCUCGUAGUACCUCAUUAUUGUCUCAUUGUUGUUGUCUAGUAUAAAGAAAAGUACAAAUCAAUUUGUACAUAUUUCCAAAGGAAAGAUAAGUAAUUUUCAGCCAUAUAUUUGGUUUUGUUUCUACGUGGUUGGUGGUUUGGACGGUGGUUUUGUUAUUAUUAUCAUUGGUAACUGUUAUAUUAUACGUAUGCAUAUGUAGCAAAAAUUUAACCGUUGUUUGUAGUCAGCAAUGUCAGCAAUGUCUCUGAAGGUAUUUUCACUUCACAUUAUUUACAUUCGUCUCUCCAGUGGAUGGAACACGACACACUCGGCAAAUUACAAAGAAUAUUUCUGUCACUCAUUAUAUUACAGUAUGUAAAUGAUUCAGUCAAAAUAUAGGUGACCUGAUUUUUUUCUAUUCUCGGUUUCAUCAUGACUCGUAGACUCGAAUCAGUAUAAAAUUAUAUAAUUUUGAUGAUCACGAAUUCAGAAAUAUGUAAUCUACCGGAUAUUUUUUUGACUAUGAUUAUUCAGAAAUACGAUAAUGAUCAAGAAAUCGUGGGCAUUCAGAGAAAAAAUGCAGACGGACAGAGAAUAUGUAGUUUUGUCACUUCCUUAUUAAGUAAAAUAUAUUUUUGAAACGGCAACCGCUGGACUUUUGCAUGAUGUAUACCAGAGGGAAAGUACAGUGGAGAAAGUGAGAGAGUUACUUUGACAAAAAUAAUGCGAGUUAUUACUGCUUGCAAUUAUUUCUAUUGGUGAAGGAGACUACGACAAGACGCUAAAUUUGGGGAGGGAUAUGAAAAACUUUGUCGCGAUACGUUCUCUGCUAGAAAACAAAAAAAUCUGUUGGACAGAUUUCUGAAUUCGUCAACUAACAACAGCGGGUUGCAAGUGUAUGUACUAGCUAAAACUCACAUUGAUGUUAUUGGAUAUAAAAAACGAUCUGUGCAAGUGUUGGUUUCUUGUUCGGUAUAAAUAUAAAUGUCUGUAACACAA